GGUCCUCUUCCUCCGAGCGAGCGACCUCCACCUUCUCUGUUCCCCAUGCCCACCGGCCACCGGCCACCGCGCGCCCAAGCCUCCUAGGGGCCAGCACCUCGACCGCCGCAGCCCUGCGCAGCUAUCGCCGCCCGCCUUCGCCCUGCUGCACCGCCCAGCGAAGCCCGCCCUCGGCAUCUCGCUCCCCGACGCCCGCCCUAGGGUUUCUUGCACCGCCGCCACCCUGCAGCGCUGCUGUCGACGAACGCCGCCGCGGAACUGGCCGCAGCACCGCCGCCUUCGACCUGACGAUCUCCUCCUCUAGGCCCUAGUCCUCCUCCGGCGCACCUUACCCUUCUCCGUUCGCGCCAAGAUUUCCGACUGAGGAUGUCUCGACUGAUUGGAAUUACUUACAUCUUCCUGCUGCUGCUAUGACUAGCAAGAUUUCCUGACUCGUGAUGUCUCAGCUGAUUGGAAUUGCCAAGUACCACGCCAUGGACACGAAGGUUUGCAGGAGGAGAAAGGCGACCAAGGUGCCUCCUCCGGCCGAGCUGCUGGACGAGCUUCUCACUGAGAUCCUCCUCCGGCUGCCUGUCAAGUCCCUGCUGCGGUUCAAGUCCGUGAGCAAGGCGUGGCGCGCAACCAUCUCCGAUCCCUUCUUCGUCCGCUCGCAUCUCCGGCAAUCUGCCUCCAGAUGGAGGCAGAACCCGUCGCUGCUCGUCACUCCGCACACGCUGUUUCACGUCAUCGACGGCGAGCCUUGGCCUUCCACCUUCUCCACCGAUAUCAGCUUCUACCAGUGGCAGCCGCCCUCCUCCGAAGAGGAGGAAUCUGAGGCGAGGUUCGUCAUGCACAGCGACGACUUCCUCGAGGAGUUCAACUCGGUGUGCUACUUUGCGCACUGCGACGGCUUGGUGGUGGCCCCUACCAACACUAACGUCUACCUCUUCAACCCGGCCACCAGGGACGCCAUGCGACUGCCUAUCAACGACCGCAACAAGAUGUACCAGUACGUGGCCUGCCUCCCCGUAGGGCUUGGCCGGGACCCUCGCACCGGCAGGCACAAGGUGGUCCGGGCCUUCUACCGCUCCAGGGACCCUCUCACGGGCGUCCACGACAUGGGGAUGGAGGUGUUCACUGUUGGCGUUGAUUCAGAUUCAUGGAGGGAAAUCACGCCCAAUCCACUGUACCCUGUCACCGUGUGGAUCACCCCUGUGUUCGCCAAGGGGGCACUGUUCUGGAUCAUUGACAAGCCCGGUCUCGAUCCGAGCCCACGCGGCAUCCUCCGCCUCAGCCUGGACGAUGAGAGCUUCAGCGUCACACACCUGCCCGACUCGCUGGACCCUGCCCUGGACGAGUACUUCAUCCUGGACGAGGUGCACGGCGAGCUGUUCCUCACCGCCUUCAGCAGCAGCAAGCCCCUCAACAUCUGGACGCUGAUGGAACAAGACACGCGAUGGGAGCACCGCUACACCCUCGACAUCUCCGGGAUGGCGCACCCGGUGGCCCUCCUCCCGGGUGGCGGUGCGAUGAUCCUAAGGGCUUCGCACUACAUCAGCCGUUACGAUCUGCAGACGCAUCAGAUCGACACCAUAUGCGAGCUGGAUCGUCUGAGGUACCAGCACGAUGGCACGACCGAGGAGGAUGCUGGGUCUGGGCAGGAAAUCUUUUACUUCAAUGUAAUACCUUACACCGAGAGCCUGGUCCGAAUUUGAAUAACUGUUGCUGCUUAGCAGAGUUCAUUUGUUGCUCUUGCUGUUGCCAUAUUUUUAAUUAGUAUGUGUUUUGACUCUCUCAAAGGAAGCAAAAAAGAGCUUCUCUGGAACAUGUUUAUCUGAGGUUGUCAUUCCUGCUUAUUGGAAUAUUUGUAAGCAAAUGAACAGGUUUUAUAUUUGAA